ACUUUUAUACCAUAUGUUUUCAUGUUGUCAUGUUCUUUUAAACAUGCUGGGAGCCAUAUAGUUAGGAAGAGGCCCAGUAACCCAUCCAAAGUAACCUGACCAAAGUCUGACCCCUAGUAGAGGGCCUAUGCCAGCACUGGAACCCAGUGUCUUCAGAUCCAGAGGCAUUCACCGCCUCAAAACUGCCUCAGAUGACUGCAGUAUGGUCUAUCACAGGGGCUAAUUAAGCUCAUGGGAUUUAGAGUCAGAUGUGUUUCCUUCAAAGUUUCAACAGUUACUUUCUGACCUUGGCAAGUUAUUCAGCUUCCUCAUUUGAAAACCAGAGGGCAUAAUGGUACCUACCACCGAGAGUUGCUAUUAGGAGUAAAUGAAAAUACGCUUGAAGAACUCAGCAUGGGCCUGGCAAGUAGUCAGCGUGCAGUAAAUGGUAGCUGUUAUUAUAAGAACUUUAUUUGUUGAAUGAUUGACUCUGGCACAUAACGCCUGCAUUCAACUUGAAACACGGAGCUGUCACAGUCGUUCAGCUGAAGAGGCGGGAACUGUGGCACUCGCCAAUUUUUUCUAGAAAUAAAUCUUUGUGGGAGGAUAAUGACCAGUUGGAGAGUGUGAGUCUUCAGGGAACAAAGAUCGGAUCUCCCGGCCCAAGGAGCACGGAAGCGAAGCCUCCCCUGCGCGCGGCAGCCACCGUGCGUAACCUCCCCUGAACAGAGUAGCAACCGCCUGAACCCACCCAGCCCAGGGCGAGGCUGCCUCAGAAGCCGGAUUUCAGCAGAGUGGGUGCAGGAUCUGCUUUAAUUCUGCUCAUCUUAUUCUCGGGGACCGCACCCUGCGCGCCGGGAGGAAGGGCUCCAAAACCACAGGGCGGAGGCUUCCGCGCGGCCCCAGACCUGACCAUCUAUGGUCACAGAACACACCGACCAAACAGGAAGUGGGGUGAGAGCGGAAGGUUCCCUACCUUCCCAGCCCGGCGACUGCCAGCCGGGCUGGGGCUGACCCACCGCGCCCUCACUGACCCCCACGCCCUGCGCCCAGUCUCCGUAAGUCCUCCCACAACAAUGUCCAGACUAAUUGCCUUCCCAUGUCACAAACGGGGAAACCGAGGUAUGCACGCCCAGAGACAGGCGGAGCUUGGCCUCGAUCCCCACCGAGAGCUGACGGCCGCCCGGAUUCCCGCCCUCAGAGAAUCCUGGCCCCCCAGUCGUUCCAAGACCCUUUACGGACUGCAGCUUAAAGGAACCGGCCUCUGCCAUUGAGACCAAACUGAUAGAGGAACUGGUCACUCUUGUGUUCUUUCCAGAGAGGAGCUUAGCCAGGGACUUCUGCCCUUCCUGGGCCCGGGCCUCGGGGGCGAUUCCGGCAGGUGGUCCAUUAUGGCUGACAUGCAAAAUCUGGUAGAAAGAUUGGAGAGGGCAGUGGGCCGCCUGGAGGCAGUAUCUCAUACCUCUGACAUGCACCGUGGGUAUGGAGACAGUCCUUCAAAAGCAGGAGCAGCUCCAUAUGUACAGGCAUUUGACUCGCUGCUUGCUGGUCCUGUGGCAGAGUACUUGAAGAUCAGUAAAGAGAUUGGGGGAGACGUGCAGAAACAUGCGGAGAUGGUCCACACAGGUUUGAAGUUGGAACGAGCUCUGUUGGUUACAGCUUCUCAGUGUCAACAGCCAGCAGAUAAUAAGCUUUCCGAUUUGUUGGCACCCAUCUCAGAGCAGAUCAAAGAAGUGAUAACCUUUCGAGAGAAGAACCGAGGCAGCAAGUUGUUUAAUCACCUGUCAGCUGUCAGCGAAAGUAUCCAGGCCCUGGGCUGGGUGGCUAUGGCUCCCAAGCCUGGCCCUUACGUGAAAGAAAUGAAUGAUGCUGCCAUGUUUUAUACAAACCGAGUCCUCAAAGAGUACAAAGAUGUGGAUAAGAAGCAUGUAGACUGGGUCAAAGCUUACUUAAGUAUAUGGACAGAGCUGCAGGCUUACAUUAAGGAGUUCCAUACCACCGGCCUGGCCUGGAGCAAAACGGGGCCUGUGGCAAAAGAAUUGAGUGGACUGCCCUCUGGACCCUCUGCCGGAUCAGGUCCUCCUCCCCCUCCACCAGGCCCCCCUCCUCCCCCAGUCUCUACCAGUUCAGGCUCAGAUGAGUCCGCUUCCCGCUCAGCACUGUUCGCGCAGAUUAAUCAGGGGGAGAGCAUCACACAUGCCCUGAAACAUGUAUCUGAUGACAUGAAGACUCACAAGAACCCUGCCCUGAAGGCUCAGAGUGGUCCAGUACGCAGUGGCCCCAAACCAUUCUCUGCACCUAAACCCCAAACCAGCCCAUCCCCCAAACCAGCCACAAAGAAGGAGCCAGCUGUGCUUGAACUGGAGGGCAAGAAGUGGAGAGUGGAAAAUCAGGAAAAUGUUUCCAACCUGGUGAUUGAGGACACAGAGCUGAAACAGGUGGCUUACAUAUACAAGUGUGUCAACACAACAUUGCAAAUCAAGGGCAAAAUUAACUCCAUUACAGUAGAUAACUGUAAGAAACUUGGUCUGGUAUUCGAUGACGUGGUGGGCAUUGUGGAGAUAAUCAACAGUAGGGAUGUCAAAGUUCAGGUAAUGGGUAAAGUGCCAACCAUAUCCAUCAACAAAACAGAUGGCUGCCAUGCUUACCUGAGCAAGAAUUCCCUGGAUUGUGAAAUAGUCAGUGCCAAAUCUUCCGAGAUGAACGUCCUCAUUCCUACAGAAGGCGGUGACUUUAAUGAAUUCCCAGUUCCUGAGCAGUUCAAGACCCUAUGGAAUGGGCAGAAGUUGGUCACCACAGUGACAGAAAUUGCUGGAUAAGCGAAGUGCCACUGGGUUCUUUGCCCUCCCUUCACACCAUGGGAUAAAUCUGUAUCAAGACGGUUCUUUUCUAGAUUUCCUCUACCUUUCUGCUCUUAAAACUGCUUCUCUGCUCUGAGAAGCGCAGCUACCUGCCUUCACUGAAAUAUACCUCAGGCUGAAAUUUGGGGUGGGAUAGCAGGUCAGUUGAUCUUCUGCAGGAAGGUGCAGCUUUUCCAUAUCAGCUCAGCCACGCCGCCAGUCCAUUCUUAAGGAGCUGCCGACUAGGACUUCUGAUGCAUUUUAGCUUUGAGCUUUUGGGGGUUAUUCUACCAACAAACAAACAGUCUAUUGGAAAGAAAACAGUCCCAGGAAUUAGCAGAUCAGAAUGUUCACACUGGUUAAUCUUUUUUUAACAAUGAGCAUGAAGGUAGCAGAAGCUGGUGUGUUUCCAGAUGGUUCUUCUAACCAAACUAAUUUUUCACUGUUGACAAGCGAGGCAAGGGUUGCACUGGACCAAAGGCUAAGGCUUGGCCAUCUAGCAUUCCAUGCAAAAUUGUUUCCUAUAAGCAUUCCUUUUAUUCUCUAUUCUAUCCUGGGUCUGCCUCAACCAUGAGAUAGGAGAGUCUCUGGUACGAGCUGCUGUAGCAGUGCCCUUCAUCCAGGGCAGUUAAUGGAGUCUCGGACCCUUUCUUUCUCUGGGAUCCCUGCCCAGCACCUUCCUACAGAGAUGACUUUAAAAGGAAAAAAAAGAAAACCCCCACACACACACCUUUUCAAGGAGCCUGGCAUUCCUGAAGCCUCCUUCCCUGCCAGGUGCCUGUCACCUGUCUUCACUGCCUCCUUUUCCCUGUCAUGCUCAUCAGCUUAUGGCUUCUGUCCAAGCACCUGAACAGAGAACUCAAACCUCUACUGCAGGCUGGUUUUAGGUCUUGAAUUAUGUAAGAAUCUUGCACAGCACUGCUAAUGUAAAUUUCAGUUUUUCCCAUCUAGGACAAACACUUACCAAAAUAUGCAACUUUUUUUUGGCGGGAGGAGAGAUUGUCCUGUGAUUUCUACCCAUUUCCUGAGGCCUGUGGAAAUAAACCUUUAUGUACUUAAAGUUAUACAGAAAAUAGAAUAAAGUUAAUACCAAACUUG